CGCGAUUGGUGCCCCUGACCAGUAAACAAUGGCAGCUACCAUUGGGCGUUUCGGUAAAGCUCUUGUGACAUCAAGCCGAGGCUUCCUAAGGUCUCGAUGGAUUCACUCAGCUUCAGGAGUAGGACCUUGGCAACAAAAAAAUGCAACCCUGGUGGAUGAGACACUUGGCUUCCUUCCCUCCCCUCUCACUGUGCUUUCAGACGAGGAGCUUAUGAUGAAAGAAACAGUUGCAAAAUUUGCUCGUGAACAAGUUGCCCCCCUAGUAAACAAGAUGGAUGAAGAAGGCUGUUAUGAUCCAUCACUUGUAAGAGGCAUGUAUGAAAAUGGGUUUAUGGCAAUUGAGACAGAACCUGAGUAUGGAGGCUGUGGAUCAACAUUUUUUGUGGCAAAUUUAGUUAUUGAAGAGCUAGCCAAGGUUGACCCAUCCAUAAGCUUGUUAUGUGACCUCCAGAACACACUUUUCAACACUUUGUUCCGGAAGUUUGGCACCGAAGAGCAAAAGCAGAAGUACCUCCCAAAGCUGGCCACAGAAAUGACAGGAAGCUUCUGUCUCUCCGAGACAGAAUCAGGUUCUGAUGCCUUUGCAUUAAAGACUGUGGCAGUGAAAGAUGGGAACAACUAUGUCAUUAAUGGUUCCAAAAUGUGGAUAUCUUCAGCACCACAGGCUGGUGUAUUCCUUGUGAUGGCCAAUGCCAAUCCUUCUGCAGGCUACAAAGGUAUCACCUGCUUUGUCAUUGAUGCUGGAACCCCUGGCUUAUCAAUUGGCAAGAAAGAGGAUAAGUUAGGUCUCAGGGCCUCCAAUACAUGUGCAGUACAUUUUGAUAAUGUUGUGGUACCUGAAGAAAAUAUUCUUGGAGAACUUGGACAUGGUUAUAAAUAUGCCAUUGGAAUGUUAAAUGAGGGACGUAUAGGUAUUGGUGCCCAAAUGGUUGGUCUGUCUCAAGGAUGCCUUGAUGCCACCAUUCCAUACCUGCUUCAGCGCAAACAGUUUGGGAAAUCUUUGUUUGAUUUCCAGGCUAUGCAGCAUGCAGUAGCUUAUCUGGCUACUGAAGUUGAAUGCGCGAGGCUACUUGUAUAUAAUGCAGCCCGAUUGAGGGAAGCAAAACAACCCUUCAUUAAACAAGCUGCAAUGGCAAAGCUUUACAGUUCAGAGGUGGCCACUCGUGUUACAUCCAAGUGUGUGGAGCUUAUGGGUGGUGUUGGCUUUACGAAAGAUUACCCAGUUGAGAAGUUUUAUCGAGACUGCAAAAUUGGCACAAUUUAUGAGGGAACAUCACAUAUUCAGUUGAAUACUAUUGCCAAACUUGUUGCACAAGAUUAUGUAGCAUAAUUAUUGUAAUAAAGAAAGAUAAUGUUUUGCAUAUAUUUAGCUAUUAAUUAGGUUUAGAUGUAAGACAUUACUUUUACUGCAGAAUCUCAUAGCAUUAGCUCUCUCUCCUGCAGUUCAUGUAGUACAAUUUAUAUAUUUAGGAUGCCCUAUUUCUUCUUUGUGGUUAGGAAAGUAUGUUAUAGCAUACAUUGAUAAUUGUGGCAGCAUUUGACAAAACAAAAAUAAAUUUCAACUUCUAAACAUAUUACUUGAUGUUCAUUUGGCAUUAUAAUGUUAUUUGAUCAAAUAAAAAAACUAGCCUUUGUAACUGAACAUGCUUUGUGAUGCAUUAAUUCAGAAGGUAUUGUAGUAAUAUUUUUGACAUUUUGGGAUUGUUUAUGUUGUGAUAUUAUAUAUUAAGUUAACAAUGGAUUGCUAUGAAUAUAUAAUACAUUAACUAUGGGUUGGUAUUAAUUAUUUAAACUUCCAUUUCUUAAAAAAAGACAGUAAGUAGGAAAUGUUAAUGCUUAAUGCAUUAACAUUUUCUACUUACUGUAUGCUACUUGAUAGUUGUGUUACUGGUUGUUACUUUGUUUAAUUAACUGAUAUUCAAAACCUACUCACACUAGCACUUUUUCCUGUUAUUUUUAAAGUUUUGCUUGAAUUUCAGGUUUUACAAGAGAGUGGAUAUGUAUGAACUGAGACAAUUCUUUGUCAGUUUGAUAGAAUCAAGCCAUUCAUUUGGAAGUGCAAAAGUUAAUGGAAAAAUGCUAGGAGGAUAGAGCCUUUAGCAACAUGUGUAGUACCUGUUAGUUUGUACAGUAUUCAUUGUAAGUAGAGAAAGGUUUGAAUGAGAAUUAAUUAUCUUCACAGUGCAAGAGAUGUGUUUGACUAGUUUCGACUAUAUCUUCUUCAGAAAUUGAAUACAUCAAUAGUAUGAAGCAUACAUAUAUCAGAUAUGAGUCAGAGAACCACCAUUACCUGUAUACUUGUUGCACCGAUCUUAGAUAAUUUGAUAUAAUAGAAAUUGGUCAAAUACGUCUCUUCCACAGUGAAAUAUCAUAUCUCAUUCAUUUAAGAAAUAUAGUAAAUUAUUUUUUCAAGGAUUUCAUAUAGACUUUUUUUUCUUUUUGCUGCUGAAAAAAUAUUAUAACAAUGUUUUCCCAUGAAAAUAUAUUAAAUGUACUUACAGCAAAUGAAAUAGUACUUUUUAAA